AUGGCCGAGAUUGACGUGGACGAGAUUUUGCGCGGGGCCAGAGAGCCCGAGAAGAAGAAGAUGCGCCUCGAGGCCGAGCCGAACGGGUACGGCGGCAUGAUGCCGUCGCUGGCCACCGGGGCCAAGCAGGCCGACAUUCUCGCGGCGCUCGAGUCCGACUCGGCCCUCGCCCAGGACGUCGACGAGGCCCUCGUGAAAAAGUUGACCGCCCAGCUGGAGAAGCGCGUGCAGCGGAACCGCGAGAUGCGCAUCAAGCACGGCGACGACCCGCAAAAGUUCAUGGACUCGGAGAUUGAGCUCGACACCGGCAUUCAGGUAUCAUUUUGCGGCUGUCUGCUG